AGCCUCACAGAAAGAUUCUAAAAGAAUGCUAAAUUUGUAGUAUGUUAAUAUCCUUUCCAAUAUUAUCAUUUUAAAUCUCCAAAAUGGUGCCGCAAUAGUGUAAAGUUGAAGAGAGACUUGGGCAACUAUAAAAUGAAAAUAUCAUUCACAUCCAAAGAGUGGAAAUGUAGAUGCUGCAUAUAGUUGGUUAAGAUCUUCUCCAUGUUGAAAAAAUUUAAUUAAUUCAUUCUUAGACUCUCUUGUAUUGUGAAAUAUGAGUAAUAAUUUGUAACUUAUUUGUGUUUAAGGCUAGUUUUGAAGAGAAAAUUAAACAAAUGGAGAAAAAGAAGGAAGUAUAUGCAGAGAGUGAGUGUAAAGUUCAAGAGAGAAUUACACAACUAGAAAGUGAAAAUAUCAUUCACAUCCGUGAAGUGGCUAGUCUGGAGGAGAAAAUAUUGUUAUUACACACGGAAAAGGAUGUUCUGUUGCAUCGAGUGACUGUUCUUGAGGCUCAAAUUUCACAAUUUUCGAAUGAAAAGGAGUCCUGGCUCCAAAAGGAGGUGAGAUUGGAGGAAACAAUAAAACAUAUAGAGGAAAGAGAUGCGCUGAUAGGAAAGGAGAACUUGAUGGAAGAAACAGUUUCAAAGCUGAAUGCUGAUAAUGCAUUUUUACAAACACAGGUGAAGGAACUUGAAGAGUUGCAGAGAAGUUGUGUACUAGAAAAUCAGCUGCUGAAAGAAACUGUAACUACUCUGCAGUCACAAAUACAUGUCCACGUAAAGAGUGCUAAUAUUCCUUAUUCAUCAUCUGGGAGGAAUCAGGUAAAUGAAUCGUGUAUGGAUGAACUUCAUCAGCAGGGAGGUCCAGUGAAACAAGACUCUCUAUCUUCUAAAUCCGGUCCAAUAGCCCUAAACGUUGAGUCUUCUUAUUAUAGUAAUAAUAAUACCGAUAGUUCAACUACUGACCGUGAAAUCACAAGUGCCGAAGAUUCACUGGUUGAACCCACUCAGAUACUUCCUGAAUCUGAGGACACGACUCAGUCCAAAGAUGGCAGUAAUGACGGUACGAACAUCAGUCUAUCUGAUGAGAUCGAGACAAGUGAAAUAGUGCAAAUUCCUUUAGAGGAUGAUGAUGUUGUUGCUGCAACAACAGAAUCGAAAAGCAUUUCCGCCGAUGAGAACACAGAGGUUCCUCUCUCUGAUGCGCCUCUGAUUGGGGCUCCAUUUCGCUUAUUCUCGUUCGUGGCCAGGUACGUUAGCGGGGCAGAUUUGGUUGAUAAAAGCUCAGGUUAGGUAUAGUAAUAAUAACUCUAUACAAAAAAAAAGUAUCCAUUCAUGCUUGUAACAUUAGUGAUUUAGUUGCCAACACUUGGAGGAGAAAAGCCAAAAGCAUAUGGACCAUACAUGAUACAAACUAGUGAAUUUCUGUGUCAUUUUUUUUACUUUGUUUUUUUACUCUUUUGUUGAAUGAAAAAGAGCCACUUUC